AUGGAAGACGUGGACAGAGUGAAACACGAAGCCCAGCCACCAUCUAAGAAGCCACAGCCAGCCCCUGAGGAACCAGAGGCACCCCCUGAGAAGCCACAGCCAGCCCCACAGCAACCACAGCCAGCCCCACAGCAACCACAGCCAGCCGCUCAGAAGCCACAGCCUGCCACUCCUGCUGUACCUGCAGGAAGCGGGCCUACUGCCCCCGCUCAGCCAAAACCGCCAGCUAAACCAAAAGCUCCCGAACCAGAACCAAGCAUAUGGGAAAAGAUAUUCCCGUGCCUAAAGAAAAAGAAGCCGCCACCAAAAGAACCUUUGGAGAAGCAUUUAGUGGCCGUUGCCCCUCCCCCGAAAGGGCCGUACGAGAAAACGUCUUUCAUGGUGGGUGACACGCGUUGUAUCUCAACGGUGCCUUCGCCCCCCAUGCCUGAGGAGCCUAAAAAGAAACCGCCAAGCAGGAAGAAAAGGGAGAAAAGGAAGACUUCCUCUGCCCAUGUCUCGGUGCCCAAGACGGUUUUCUCCAUCUUUGAUCCUGCCAAAGAACCAGCCGAGGUUUACAUCCAGGAGCCCUCCAAGUUGCCCAAAGGGAUUUUGAAAACCUCCGAGGAAAGAGUGCAGACCAGCAAAUCCGUCUCCAUCAUCUUGCCAUCGGAAAUGGACAAGGCCGAAGCGCCCCCGGAAGGGGCGGCGAAGUCUUCAAAGACCCACUUCAAAAGUCCGGAGGUCUCUCAGCCACCCUCCACCACGCCUCAGCCUACCGAGAAGAUGGCGUGUCGUUUACCAGCAGCACACUUCCAACUGGAGAUGGCGCCUUCGUACAUUCCACCCCCAAAACAUGGACGCCGUCCGCCUGCAACGACCAAAGCUGAGGGUGAAACAGAACCCGCCAAAGUAGAUAUGAGCAAACCCCCCAAACCAGGAGCCAGAGGUGCACCACUGGUGAGCUAA